UAGAAGAACAGAACCGUUUUCUUAUGGGUUCAAUUCUCAAAUUUCGUAACAUAUAUGGUUCCUUUAAAUGCUUUCAUUCUAAACCUAAUUGGGGUUCCGGUGCUUCAGAUAAAACCCCCAAAUUGGAACCAAAUAGGAAUAACAAUAGGGUAGGGAUUUUUUGGGACUUAGAUAACAAGCCACCAAACUCAAUUCCACCUUUUGAAGUUGCCAAUAAGCUUAGAAUUGUUGCAUCUUCAUUUGGGGUUGUUAGGCAUAUGGUAGCUUAUGCAAAUAGUCACACUUUCACCAGUGUCCCACACGCUGUUCGGCAGUGGAGGAAAGAGAAGGAGCUGUAUAACCGAUUGGAGAGCAAAGGCGUCAUCAAGCGGAAUGAGUCUCAUGUUUGCAGGGUUUGUGGGAGAAAGUUUUACACUAAUGAGAAGCUUGUUAACCAUUUCAAGCAGCUACAUGAGAGCGAGCAAAUGAAAAGGGUGAACCAGAUAGCAUCUGCAAGGGGGAACCGGAGGGUGAAGUUGGUGGCAAAGUAUUCGAUGAAGAUGAAAAAGUAUAAGAAGGCUGCAAGGGAUAUUCUUACUCCAAGGGUGGGGUAUGGUUUGGCAGAUGAGCUGAAACGCGCAGGAUUUUGGGUUCAGUCCGUGUUGGAUAAGCCACAACUGCGGAUCAUGCAUUGGAAAGUCACAUGGCAUUGCAGCUGAAGCUCUUGUUUAUGGUGAGGCAGAGGGGGCAGAAAAUGAUGAAAAUCUAUUCAGAAACAUCUGUCUUCUUUUGGAGCCCCGAUUAUCUUUAACUGAGGUAUCUCUACAGUGCACAAUCGACGCCCCUGUUCUGAUGGUAUAUAUUCAUAUGUGAUACUGAAAUUUCAGCCUUAACUUUCUUGCCUCGAGAAGAUGUCUAAUCAAGAAAGAUGGUCUAAUCAAGAAUUGAGAUGGAUGGCAUGGCAACAAACACUGCAAGUUGUAUAUUGAAGUCAUUGAAACAAAGUAACUUUCUGUUGCAAACAACCUGUAAUUCCCAUAUUGUCAUAUUGAUAUGGAGUUUGUAUAUUAUAUUUAAGCUAGACAAAUUGGUUAUGUUCAAACCUAAACUCCCUAGAAACUGGGAUAGAUUAAUCUUUUUUAUUUUUAUGUUGGCCUACGUUCCCUCCCAAAAAUACAUUAUUUGAGCUAUGAAUUUAAUUUUAAU